GGCGCACCUAGGGGGGGCGGGGAUGCCCGUGCUAAAUUCCAGUUUUUCUUGUUUAUACAGCUUGAUUAUUUAGUUUUUUUUUUUUUUAAAGAGCGUCAAACGGAGACGCGGGGUUAGACGAGAGAAUUUAGGAAUACAUCUCAGCGAUUUAGUCCGCAAAAUAGCACUCUUCAGCAAGUGAUUGCCAAAGAACUGCACUUCUCUGGGAUUCAUCUGUUACUGCAAGUAAUCACUAACUCGGCAUCACCCACCACCCGCUCGAUUUAAGGGUUGUUGCCAAGGCCACACGAAGAGGCGCAGCGCGGUGCUCCAAUUCCCUUCCUGUUUCGGGGGCGAAACAGAUGGCGAUUUGAUUGGCUACAGUAUAAUCUCAAAGUGCUAGUGUGACGUAAGGAUGAGGUGUUUGGAUGUCAAUUACCUGCAGUUUCUCGUGCGAAGUUUUUGUUUGGUGAAGGAGUAUAAAGAACCGUGUCCUGUACCCGCAAUAAACAUGGGAAAAGGAUGCAGAGUUAUUGUUUGUGGAUUGUCCUCUGUUGGUAAAACAGCAAUUUUGGAGCAACUUCUUUAUGGCAACCAUAUGAUUGGUUCAGAGGCUAACGAAACAUUAGAAGAUGUGUAUAUAGCUUCUGUAGAAACUGAUCGUGGUGUGAAGGAACAGCUACGCUUUUAUGACACCAGGGGCCUGCGAGAAGGCAUGGAGUUACCCAAACACUAUUACUCAUUUGCCGAUGGAUUUGUGCUUGUGUACAGUGUGGAUAGUCUCGAAUCCUUCAGACGCAUAGAAAUAUUGAAAAGAGAGAUUGACAAGGCCAGAGAUAAAAAGGAGGUAACGAUCAUUGUCCUGGGUAACAAGACAGAUCUCCAUGACCAAAGGCAAGUGGAUAUGGAAGCUGCUCAGCAGUGGGCAAAGACUGAGAAGAUUAAACUGUGGGAGGUCACUGUGACUGACCGCCGGACUUUGGUUGAACCUGUGACAGUAUUGGCUAGCAAACUGACACAGCCUCAGAGCAAAUCAGCAUUCCCCUUGCCUGGCAGGAAAAGCAAAGGCACUGCCAACUCUGAUAGUUAAUAGCCAGUAACGGAAAUGUUUUAUAGGAUUUGUUGCCUCUGUUAAGUAAGCCAUGCACACAUUAGGGAGAAAGAGCCAUUUCCUUCUGAUGUUUCAUUAUUUAGAAUAUAUUCCAUAGAUACCUGCCUGAAAUGUUGAUAUUUGAAGCAUCGGUGUGCUUGUGUUUCUUUUUAAUGCAGAACUCCUGCUGCAGCUCAAGAACUGCUUGUUAUUAUGCAUUUAGAAGUGCUGACAUUUUUGGUCUUAUGUUGCACAUGGUGUGCCCAGGACCUGGCUGUUCUCUUCAGUCAUGUGAUUAUUACUCGUAUGUCAGGACACAUUUGCUCCUGCUGAUGGCAAAAGAUUCGGGCCUCUUGAAGAUGUUCUUCAUGUUUCACUGUUGCAGUCAUUACAUUUGGGUAAUCUGCUGGCAGGUU